AUGAUGAAAUCAAUCAAAAAACGGAAUACUCGAUCAAGUACGGCUAUGAAUUCCGAAAUAUCAUCAAACGUCUCUAUUGCAACGUCUUCAACACAUGAAAAUAUUGGUCAAAAUGAACAAGUUUCUGUUAAACGAGCUCGUACUCAACGACAAAUUGUUAACAAGAAACAAUCAGUUAAUGAACCAGAUAGUGUUUUGUCAUCCGACGAAUUUAUUACAAAUCAAUCAGUAGGUGAACCUACAUUUGCUACAUUGGAACCUGUUCGUUUUGAUUUGCAUGAUAACAUUCAUGAUCCACCUAGUUCACCAUCGCCGCUUGUGAUUGAUACAACAGAAGAUAUUGUUUGUUCACAAUUUAAUGUUUCAAAUUGUUUUCAAAAUCAAUCAAAUGAAAAUUAUAAUCCACCUCGUACACCAUUGGGAUACACCAGAACAAACAAUAAUUCAAAGUAUAUGAUGCAUUCCUUUUCUCAUAAAGAUUCAUCUCUUAAUAUCAAUCAAAAAGAAAGACCGAUAAAUAGCAAUACAGCAAGUACAAAUGUCACCAUCAGAACACCUACUGUUGAUAAAAAUACAUCUAACAGUUUUUCACAAAUAUCAAAUCGAUCUAUUGUUGUCUCAGCGGACCAGUUUCGAAGAAAUUCAAAUGAAGAAAAUAUUUACAAUCAACGAACUUCUACUUCAUGGCCGCCUCAUCAUGAACCAAUCAGUAAUGCUAAUCAAGGAAUAUACGAUGAUUCAUUUUCAAUUGACUCCAUUCCACCUGAAACAAAGAAUGUUUUAUCCCGGUUUCCAGAGUUUCGUCAUUUGGUAAAAGCAUAUAAACAUGAACAACAAAAAUGUAAAACAUGGAUAAGUGAUUAUGCUCGUCUGAAAAGAAAUUACGAUCGAUUAGAACAAAAUUCGUUUCCUCGACCAUCGGCACCUGCUCUCCAUUAUUUAAUUGAUUUAGUCACGCACAUUCAACAAUCUAAUGGUACUGGUGAUUCACGCAGUAAUGAACAAUUAGCAAAAGAUUUGGGUGUUAGUCUGGUGAUUUUAAUGAAUUUAAAAGACAUAACUCCUCAACAAACGGCACUAAAUUUAUUUAACUAUUUUUAUCCAGGUUAUGCUGCAAAAAAGGACUUAGAUUCAAUUAAUAACCUGGAACUAUUGAAACCUGGUCUACUGGAGACGAUGCUCGUUUUUGCUCAACGUGCCGCACCUGGUGUUGGAUACCGGAUACAAGAUAUACGAGAAACUUUGGGCAAUAGCAUCAGAGGAGCUCGAUUUCAUUUUCGAAAAAAGAUUAAUACUAUUAAUGAUGCUGCUGUGUUUCUGGACAAUGACAACGUUGAUAGAGAUGAUUCUCGAAGAGGGAAGAAUCAAAAUACAAGUUAUGAUAAUGCAACUGAUGUUACUGGUAUUCAUAUGAAGGAAAAAUAUGGAGGAAGUACAUUUGAUGAUAACGAAAGCUUGUAA